GAGUUGUCAGAUAUUGAAAACGAUCUGCGUUAUCAUUAUUCGUCAUACAGGUACAACAAAUCGACGGAAAUCAGAUAACACCACAAGCAUUACAAACACAUUUAUCUUGUGACAUAUGUUAUCUCAGUUUCAAUUUUAAGUUAUUAUUGUUAUGAAGAUUCGCGGUGGAGUUGUUGUUACAUAAUGUUAUAUCGGUGGGAGUUUGAAACCGUCAUUUAAAUAUCAGACAUCUAAAAGACGUUCCAUCAAAGACAGAAUCAGUGUGUAAUAGGUAACGGGCAUACACGCUAUUUGUUGAAUUUAUACUUACAAGCUUGAAUGUAUAAACGGGAAACCGCAUUGACACACUUGUGCAAAUUUACUGAAUUGACGUGACCAUAUCAUCUUGGCAAUGAAGAUCUAUGCAGUUAAAGUGUGAGUUAAAAUGUUAAAACCAUAACAGAUUUUUAUGUACAUGUAUACCAGUAGGUGAUCUGCGAAUCGGAUUGGACAUUACCUGUUAGUUUCCUUCGUCUAUUGAAGAGAAAAAGGUUGCGCUUGACACAGCUUGAAUGUUGAUGUAUUUACAAUAUUUCGUACAAGAUGCAAGGCAAAUCGGCAUUGAACUUCUGCGGGGUGAUCUUCGGAGUCCUGGCAACUAUUGUGCACGUAAUCGGACUCUCGAGUCCCUAUUGGCUGGAGUCUUUCGAAGCAGCGAGGUCAAGAUUUGUGAGGCUAGGUCUAUGGACGGCGUGUUUUGACGAGUUUACGUACGAUAGGGAUCAGCUCGGCAUGACGUACGACGGCUGUGGCUGGAUAUACUCGUACGACUAUAAACCGAUGAUGGGUUGGUUGGUACCCGCUUGGCUUCUGACUGUUCAGGUUAUGAUGACGUCAGCACUAAUUGUGCUAUGUCUUGUUUCUUUGGCGCUUCUCGGAGGGCAGUGUCACAUGUGCGCAAGCAAACAUGACAUCUUGAACCAGGCCAUGAAAGCUGGAGCAAUGUGGAUCUCAUGUAAGACAUUUUUAGUUGCGUUGAUCAGCGCCUCUGUAACGCUGUUCGGAAUCAAGUCUGAUGUGGACCGGCAGUGGUUCCCGCGUCCCGACCAGAACUUCCUGUCCUGGUCGUUCGGUCUUGUCGUCGUCGGCGGUUUCUUCGCCGUUUUUUCGGCCAUGUGUCUGACCUUUGACGUGCUAAGGCUGAGAGACGAGGCGGAGAAGAAGCAACGCAAGGCGACGGAAAUUAAGAUGUACCGAAUCGAAAAACAGAAAUAAAGGUGACAAUAAGGACGCAGAAAUUGUAUGACUCGACCUUAUUAAACGACCCCAUUGGAGAUAACUACGAUACGUCGAGCAACAGAUUACCAGACGAUCACAAAUAGUCGCUACAUUUUACUGCCUUUUUGACUGCCCAGUUGCUUUAAAUGAAUAUGAUUAGCGACAUCAAGUUUUCAUUUUUGGAAGAAGUAAUAUUAGUGUAUAACUUAGCAUAAUACAUGUUUUACUUAGAUAAAUAGUUCAUACACUUUGCUUAGAAUACAAUCAAUUUUAGUAACUGCUCAGUCAGAUUGUAAAAUUAUAGUGAGACUGUUAAAAGUGUAGGUCACCGUGAUAUCAAAUAACUAUAUGCUUCAUAGGCUUAAUGUACACGAAGCGCCUCUAUUUGUAAAAGUAGAAUAUUAAGUGACGUUAAUUAUCGGCGAAUGCUCUACUGUUUACAUAGUAUUCGGACUGUUAACCUUGUUAUGGUUGUCAGUGUGAACUUAAAAUGAUAAGGCAUACAACAAGUCUAGUGGCUAUCAGUUUGAGUAGAUAAUUAGACAUGUUUGUUCUGUGUACAUUUUUUACUUGAUGUAAAAUAAAUAUGUUGUGAUCCUUCAAAAACUUUAUUUAUUUUGUAGUAAUCGUUGUUUUGAAAGCAAAACAAAUUGUCGAUAUUUAAAAAAUAGAACAUUUCGAAAAGUAAUUUAAUUUAUUUGUGUUCGUCAGUGUAAAAAUAUUUCGCUGCAACAAGCUUAAUUUAUCUUUAACGAUAAUAAAUGCGAUAUACCCACAC